AUGGUAAUUACCUCUAGCACACCACCAUCCUCAACAACAGAACAAUUAAUUUCUUCAAUAAAGCCUUCAAAUACACCUUGUUCACAAUCCCCUAAAAAAUCUGUCGAAAACGAUAGUAGUGGUAGUAGUAGUAACAGCAGCAGUAAUAAUAAUAAUAAUAACAAUAAUAAUAAUAAUAAUAAAAACAAUAAUAAUAAUAGUGACAGCAGUAGUAAUAAUAAUACUUGCAAUAUAAGUAGAGAGAAUUCGUUUCCUAUAAUAAUAACACAAUCAAUAGCAAUGACGAUGAUGAACCAUCUAUAG